CUCUGACAUUCAGCGGAUUUACAGGUCACUGCGAACAUGGUCAAAUACUUCUCUGUGGACUGGCUGGCCCAGAGCCAUCACAACACCGCGCCAGCUGAGACCCACGGAGCUGGCACGGAUCCUGCGCCGACCUGCAGACCUCAUAUUCCCUGCGUGGUGCAGCCGCGUGCCCCGAGUUUUGGCAAAGGUUACCUGCAGCCAAAACCCAAACCAUCAAAACCCGAACACAUGGAGCCAGUGGAGAUCAGCAGGCCUCUGGACUCCAGCCUCUGCUCACCUCUGCAUUCAACAAACUGCGUCUCACCAAUUUCAGAAAUCAGCGGCUACUCCUCCGGGUAUGAGAGCGAAGCCGCCUCCUCGGAGUGUCCCUCUGUGGACGAGGGGAGCGAGGUGGAGAAGGACGGACCUCAGCGCCGAGUGCGCACAAAGUUCACCCCGGAUCAGAUCAGCAAACUGGAGAAGAUCUUCAACAAGCACAAAUACCUGGACGCUGGAGAGAGAGUGAAGACAGCACAGAGGCUCGGCCUCACAGAGACUCAGGUGAGGACCUGGUUUCAGAACCGGAGGAUGAAGCUGAAACGGGAGGUGCAGGACUACCUCGCUCCUCAAGUCCCAUCGGUGAUGUUCCAGCCUCUGCCCCCGGUCCAGUACACCGGUCUGGCCGGACAGCGACCCCAGUACCCCGCGCCCGGCCCGGCCUUCUACCCGCUCCCCGUCCCGCAGAUGGUCCUCCAGCCACAGAUGCCCCCUCCCCACCCUCCUCAUCUCAUGAUCCACAAUCCUCAUUUCUACUGAGAACGUGUCAAACACAGACCUCUCCCACUCAAACACUUAGAAUCCCAGACUGUGCAAU